CAUAGCUGAUUAUAGCAACACGCAUCGAUUUCUGGACUCCGACUUUUACUUCGAGGUUUCAUCCCAAACCAUUUACUGGCUUUCCUGUAAACAUGAUAUAAUUCAAACUUCACUACUUGAUUUGAGGUCACCCACACAAGGGAGAAAGGUUUCGCAUGGCAGGCUUCGUCCGUUUAGUUCUCGCUGAGGCUGCCUGUUGAGGGGGUCGAGGAAAUGGCAACUGGCUCGGGCAGCCACGGUAACACCGGACUCCUGCCCACGGUGCCGUCGGGAACGCUCGGUCGGGAGCGCAGCGGUUUCACUUCCUCCCGGCAGACGGGGCUGCGUCCGGAAACAAGCUAUGCAUCGACUACGGCAUCGAGGGUCUCCAUCACUCCUGUGUCUCUGGAUGCGCUUGAGUCCAUUCUGGAGAACUACAGCGCAGGCCGCGGCAUGGUGCAAAGCGUGCCCCUCACUUCGACCGCCACCGCAGCUGAGGGAGAAGGCUGGAAGCGGGGACAGAGCCCCGCUGCCGCCCAGGCCCGCCGCGCCGCUGCCGGGGGCCGAGGCCAGGGCCGUUCUUCAGGAGCAUUAGGAACCGGGCCAAGUUCCGUUCACGGAAAGCCAGUAGCUGGAGGCAGCCGGGUGGGGGUGGGUGGAGCGGGCGUCCCAAGCAAAGGGCCCUCGCUACGGGCUAUGGGGAGGGCUUCGCCCACCACCGGUGUGUUGGACCAGAGCGGGGUGGAUGAUCAGGCAGCUGACGAGCAGGAGAGCGUGCAGCACGCAGCCACGCAGGCACAGCUGCCUGGACUUCCACCGGGAUCAGCAUUUUCCAUGAGCAACCGGGCUGCAACGGUUUUGAUGGGCCCGGAAUCCGCAGCGCACCUGCGGCGUGUAAUCCCACUGGAGCAGGGCGCGCUGGAGAAUCACUACGUGAUUGCAAACCCAGCGGGAGAGACGCUGAUAGACCUGGAGGAGGUGUGUGAUGGGACCAUGUCAGUGGACGGGCUUCCACUGGGUCGUGAUGCAGUGGUGUUGCUCACGACUGCCGCGGAUGGCGUGCCGGUGCCGCGGGUGGUGACCCUGGACACGGGUCCUGGCCCCAACAGCCUGAGGCGGACGGGUGGGCUAGGAGGGCUAUGGGGCCCGCGCAUCAGCGCGUCCGGGUCGGAGAUGGCCUCCUACCGCCCCACAGCCUCACCCCGGGCGUCAGCAGCCGGCAUGACAGUGGUGGAGGGCGCAGCAGCUGCGGGGCCCUACGACGGCCUGCUGACAGGGUCCGGGGAGGGUCCCAGCGCGGUGGUCCCGCCACUGUGGUCAUCUCAGGGUGGGCCUGCUGGUGGCCUCACUCGCGCGUCCCUGUCAGGUCGGCCACUGCCCAGCCCGCACCGCUCCGGCACCGUGCAGCAAUCGCCGCACAACAAGCACGGGGGACCAGCGCUGUCGGCAGAGCACACCACGCUGGCUUUGCCUGCAGUGCCGGCUGUAGGGUCGGGUAGUGGACUGCGCAGGAAUAUCAGUGGACUCAUGACGGGAAGCGGCAGCGCAGCCAGCAGCUCACAAUUACCGCAGUUGCCUGGUCGACCUGGCUUGCUCGACUCGUUGGGCGCUGGUGGGUCUGGUCCUGAUGCGGAGGCGCCUGGAAGCCAGAUUGGGGGCUCGGCGUCGCGGUCAGAGCCUUCCACUCCGCGCAUGUGGUCCGCAGCUAGUGCUAGGGUUGCAUCAGGGCGGCAAGACCGGCACCGACCGGCGGGCCUGGUCAUCCCAGGCGCUGGGGCGUCAGAAGAGCGUGCAGUCAGUCCCACCAAGGCUCGGCUCCAGGGGCGCAUCAACGCCCUCAUGGCCCAGCGCAAUGCGGAGGCGGCGGCAUCUGGCGGCACGGUGCUGGGCGCGCCCGCAGGCGGCCAGAAGGUUCUGAGUACCCUGUCGGGCAUGGAGCUGGUGCAGGUGGCGCUUAAGCAGGUGGAACAUGGUGAGAAGACGCUCACGGACCCAUGGGGCCGCCAGAUGGACCCCGCGGCCAGGCCUGGCUCGCACGGUAGCCAGGCGCCUGUGGAUGAGGGCGAAUUCGAGACGGAGGAGGAGCGGGACGCGCGCAUCGAGAUUGAGCGGCGACAGGCGCGGCUGGUGCGGGCGCUCACUACACUACUGGUCACGGGCAGGGAGCGCAACCCAGCGCCCUACAUGACGCUCAGCGUCACUGAUGGAUUGUCGCAGGUUCCAUCGGCUGCCACAUCCCGCGUGACCUCCCGCGCCGCUUCGGUCGCCUGGUCUCGAGCUGCCUCGACCCGCAUGCAGUCCGCACGUGCGGUGGUGCGCUCCCGGCGGCAGUCGCAGGCGCCCGAGGACGACCUGGGCCACCUGCGCAGGGCGUCAGGCGCCUCGUCCAUACACCCCAUCUCGUUCGGGGCGCAGGAGCAUGCUGCCACGUCGCCUCAUGCCUCUGAGCCAAGCUCCCCCGUGCCUACCUCCCACCAACCCUUGCCACUGCCCCCAAAGCCUGAGCGGCACGUGCGUGUACGUUUGCAUGUGGACGAGGCACACCCAGCCUCGCCCUCGCAGCGAAAUUCGCAUGCGGGUGACGAAGGCUGGGGGCCAGGGGAGGUCGACAAGAAGCAUCAGACAGGCAAGCAGUCAGCGCCGCACAGUCCAGGCCGCGAGUCACUGGCUGGAGGCUCUCAGCUAGCAUCACCGCAUCCUCCGCAACGCCAGGGGGAUGCAACGGGCUUGCCUAUGCAGCCAGCAGCCACACAACAGCAGCAGGCGCCGGCUGAGCUGCGAACGCAUUCAGUUGUGGGGAGUGAGGGUGGCCGAUCCCUCCUGCCUGCCGACCUGGCAACUGUGAUGCGGUACCACGGGGACCUGCUGUCACGCGGCACCGCCCUUACGGGCAUUGGGGCCUGGGAGCCGCCCGACCCGGAUGUGGAGGAGAGCCUGGAGGCGGCGGCGCGUGUGGCCGAGCAAGGCGGGCUGGACUUUGAGGAGCUGCUGGAGUUCGUGGCGCACCUGGACAGCGCCAACCAGGAGUUCAAGCUAGUGGAGGCGGCUCGAGAUCGGUCCCGGCGCGUGGAAGCCAUGUUGGCAUCUGCGCCGGGCGGUGGAGGUGGCCGUGGGGACUCGCCGCGCCGCAUCAUGGCUUUAAGUGGCGAACUCCCAGGAACGGGUGUGGACACGGCAGUGAUGCACCUGCUCACGAAGCGGAGAGAUGGACGGGUGUCGAACGUGGCACAGUUCAUCACGUCCUACUCGACCGAGCCUGCUCAGCCAUCCAGCGACACUUCAACCCAGCAGCCGCCCACGCCGCCCUCUCAACCCGGUCUGUCUCAGCCGCAGUCCCAGCCGCUGGGUGUGGAGCUGGAGGCGCUGCUGGGCUCCAUCACUGAGGCGCUCAGCACCGACCUGGCCGACAUGGCCAACCAGGCGACCCGCUUUGAUGAGACGUUCAGGCUUCGCACUGAACGGUACCUGUCGGCGCUGUGCCGCCUUAACCCGGUGGCAUUCGAGGAGACGUCUGCGGCUCAGGCCGAGGCCGACUACCGCUCCAGCGUCGAGCGCGCCAAGUUGCGGCUGCGGCAGCUGCAUGGGGAGGUGGAGGGCGAGAUGCUGACCAGCGCCGGCAAGCCCAAGAACCAGUACGACAAGGCCGUGGCCAUGUUGCAGUCCAACCGCCCCUACUUCCUUCCGCCCAUGUUCACCAAGGAGGCUGUGCAGCGGGCGCCCGUGUCGUCCACCACAGGCGGCAAGCUGGCAGAGGCGACGCGACCCACCUGGGACGUGCACACAUCCAUCUUCCGUGAGCGCAAGAAGUGUGACGCCAGGGAUGUGGUGGACACCGAGGCCGUGCUUGCCAAGCAGUUCGACCUGGACUGGUCCCGAGUGGUGUCUAAGAUGCUGUUCAUGAAGCUCGUGGCGCGUGAGGACCAGGGAGUGCGGGGUAAGGGCGGCCGCCUGGCACUAGAGCAGGAGCUGGCGGAGGUGCGGCAGGAGCUGCUGGCGGCCUUCCCCCUGAUACGGUCCGCGUUCAUUUAUUUUUCCAUCUCACCGGCAGCGGAUACGUAUGUAGCCGCUUGCGAGGCCGCCGCUGCUGCCGCCAUAGCAGAUGGCCGCAGCCCGGAGGCCGCAGCCGCGGACAUAGCUGACGCAGCUGUCACGGCCACCACUGUCAUCCUGUCAGCGGGUGCCGUGCGGUCCGCGUCGCCGUUUCGUCGUGAGCUUGCUCGCUCCGACUCCUCUAUCCCGCCUCUUCCGCCCCCUCCGCCGGUCAGCGAGUCCGUCGCUGCUGCUCGCGCUGCCGUUGGCACCCUUGCCGCUGCCAAGCCACCCGCACCCUCGGCUGGCUACGCCUUCUUUGAGAUGGACGAGAGCCACUGGCUUGCAUUUUGUUCCGCUGUGGGCAUUGCCGGCACAGCGCCAGGAGUGCGGGUGCAUGAGCUGCGCUCACUGUUCUGGACCGUGAACCGCGAGGAGGAGAAGAACCUGACGCUGGAGAGUGUGGCCAACAGUGACUACGCCUACAUGCGGUUUGAGUUCAUGGAGGCGCUGGUGCGGGCGGCCUUUGCGCGCUACAUCCAGGGGGGAGUGGUGACGGAUUGCUCCGACGCCACCAAGAUGCUGCUGCAGCACCUGCGAGGCGUGCUGCCUCCGCUAGCAGUGGUGGACCCCAACGUGUUCCGGCGCGAGCGGCUGUACACGGCGGACAUGGAGCGGGCUAUCGUGCACAACUUGGAGCUGCUCACUGCCGCCUUCAAGCUGUUCAAGGCCCGCGACAAGGCCAAGUACAUGGACAUCUGUCACUGGAUGUCAUUUGUGGAGUCCAACAACUUGCUGGCUCCGCACAUGGGUCUAACUGUCACUGAAGCGAGGCUGAUGUUCGCAUGGUCUCAGACGGUGGUGGUCGAUGAGCUGAAGCUCCGGCGGCGUGCCGUCAGCCUCCAGUUGUGGGACUUUGUUGAGGCCGUGGCCCGCGUGGCUGACCGCAUCUCGCUGCCAGUGACUGAGGAGAUGGACAAGUGGAUGCUCUACAACCUCAACAUUGGGCGGAACACCCCACUUCCCCCGGGCCACACACGCGUGUGGACGUACUGUACGGCGCAAACACGUGGCAAGGGCCCUGGCCUGCCCCGCCGCGCCUCCUCUUCUGACUUGCUGGCAGCCGCCACCCGGCCCCUGGCCGUCAAGUUCCGUGCCUUCAUGGACUACCUCGCGGGCCAUAUGGCGGACCACUGGGGCGGCAGUAACUCACAUGAGACGGCGCAGAACAUGCUGAGGACAGCAAGCAUGCUGUCUGGUGGUGUGGAGCUGGCAUGAGGUACCAUACUUCCAGGGCCAGCCUUGGUGUGCCGGCAGCUGAGCAUUGUGCCUUCUGUGCAGCACUUGCAUGGCCUCCUAGGUACAGUAUCCUUGCAGCUGCACCGGCAGCUGAUUUGCAGCAGGAGGCGAAUUUCAGCACUUGCGCACGGGCAGGAAGUGCAGGGCUUGAGGUGGUGGCAGCAGUGCAGGCUGGCAUCAUGGCAUGGUCGGGAAGGGCCUGCCACUCGGCGAUGCACCAUCUCGCUACACUGUGGGGACAGCCGUGGGGGACAGCCAUUUCUGAUGAUUACGUCUAAUUUCUUAUAUUGCAUGCUUUGUUGUGCACUUGCGGACUAUCAUCAUGUUAAAAAGUGUGCUUGGACGUGUUACCCUGUCAUUGCGGAUGCACGUGGCAAAUGGAGCCAUGCACAGCAGGGGGAAAGAGCAUGAGGUUGUACCACUUGCAGGUGUGCAAGAAACUUGCAAUGUGCUGAGCUUGGGGUCCUAUUCUUUAGGCUUGGAACCGGUCUGGUAGACCUGCUCAAUCCUGGUGUAGCAUCAUUUUGGCAUCCGGCAGCUAGUUACAUGUUCUGGUCAUGGAAACUGGGGAGGGGGUCCAAUGCGUAGGUCCAAUGCUUGUAUGUCCUUUCUGCAGAGUGUAAGUUCAGUUCAACAUUACGUUUUUGCACACCGUGUCAUGCUUCGGGUCGGUGCAUUGCAAGAUGACCUGGGUUUCGUGGUGUGGACUUCACCUGAGGCAAUCACCCACCUUGGAACUACAGCAUCAGGCAAAUUUCUGUCAAAAGAAGGAAGAUACAAGCACUUCCGCCAGUUGAAAUGCUGGAGGACCUCUAAACCCCA